AGCCCCGAGCAGCUCUCUGUAGGCACACUCUACUGAUCUCUGCCUCCCUACACAGCACCAGACUGUCUACCUGCUACCAUGUGCAAAGGACUAACCUAUCUGUCUGUCACCUGCCUGGAAAGGGUGAAGGAAUUGAAAGCCAGGUUUGUCAGCAUGCUGCAAAAACAUGACUGGACUCAUGCCAGCAGCAAAGCAGGCAAAAACAGUGCUACCCUUGACGAAUGCCUGAGGUGGAGAGAAUCUUUCGAAAGGCUCCUGUCGAACAAACAUGGACUGUGUGCCUUCACCGCCUUCCUGGUGUCCGAGUUCAGCGAGGAGAACGUGGCCUUCUACGUGGCCUGCGAGGACUACAGGAAGAUCAGGGUGGCUGCCAAGCUCCCUGCCCAAGCCCGGAGCAUCUACGACGAGUUCAUCGGCUGCGACGCGCCCAGAGAGGUCAACAUUGACCACGAGACCCGUGACAUCACCAAAGCCAACCUGCAGGCUUCCUCCGCCUCGUGCUUCGACCUGGCCCAGCACAAGAUCUACACGCUCAUGGAGAAGGACUGCUACCCUCGCUUCCUGCGCUCGCCCGCCUACAGAGACCUGGCCAGCCAGCUCGCCCAGGGGGGCGGGGCCAAGCAGGCACGCCCGGGGAAGAAGGCGUGAGCGUCUUGGGGGGGAAACGGCCGAUUGGCG